GACACAAACGAUUUAAACGAAAAUGGCUUCUGUCAGUGGGAAUUUGUCCCGAAACUUAUCAAAUGUAGGGGGGAAAAGUAAAUCAUCUUUAAAAAAUAUUUAUGGAGACAGUGGUGAAAACAUCGUAACAAAACUUAACAAAAACAAAGAGAAAUAUGCAUUUAAAAAGAAACCAGUAGCUUGUGCUUACGCUGAAGGAAAGAGUUACCCAAAAUGUGAACUAAGUCAAUCAGAAACCAGUGUAUAUUUCGAAUUUAGAAAGCUACGCAAGGAUCUUCCAGUUGACGAAAAUUUAAUAUCAAUAGUAUUUAAAAACGAUUCUUUGGAAAGUAACUUACUACUUUUAUUAAAAGAAUGUUUACGAGAUGAUUAUCCAGUGCUGAAAGUCAUUAAAUUUGAAUUUUGCAAUUUGCAAGCGAAACACAUAGAACAAAUUGCAGAGCUACUGACAUUAUUAUAUACUAUAAGGGAAGUAAGUGUCGACGGAAAUCCGAUUCCAGAACAAAAUUUUUAUUUAUUAUUGAAGCAGGAACUGGCCUCCUUAUCUCUGAAACAUUGCAGUAUAAAUAUCGACGGAAUGAAACAGAUUUCAGAGGAAUUAUACAAACCAGUUACAAAUCCCCUACUGCAUUUAAACUUGGCCACCAACGCCCUCUAUGAUGAAAGUUUAUGUUACGUGGCAAAAAUACUAAGGAUGAAUAGAAAGUUAAUAUCUCUUAAUUUGGCAGACAAUAAAAUCACUGAAAAUGGUAUUCGAAUAUUACUGGAACCAUUACAGAAAUUUGAACUUAAUGAAGAUGAGUUAAUACAAAGAAGAAAAAUUAGAUUUGAUUAUCACAAAAAAAUGAUCGACGUCUACUGUGCCAGCAAAUCGGACGACACUCUAUCAAUUACUUGUUCAGCAAGAAAAAUAAGAUCACGACGUAGAAAUAAAUUUUUCGAAAGGCGUCUUCAUCACAAACUAGCACAUCGACCUUCAUUACCGUCGUAUGAACAAGAAAAGGACUUCCCAAAGCCACCAUGAGUGUUCCCGAGUUGCCGUACCAUCCAGCCUUACAAGACAGUGUAGAAGAAUCGACGAGUGUAUUUUGCUAUGGAAACAACAUUUUAACUAAUCUAAAUCUAUCAUAUAACAGAAUAAGAAAAGCAGCUCUACCAUUAAUCCUUCAGAUGAUCAGUUAUCAGACAGAACUAUACAGUUGCAAACCUGAGUACGUAGGUAUUGCACGUCUGUCUCUUCAAGGGAACCGUUUGAGCGAAACAGAUAUCAUUGAAGUACAAACUGCUUUGUCGAGAAAGCUACAACUUUCAACUGGAAGUAUAGAAAUCGUAACGACACGUACCAAUAGUAAAAGGCACUCAUCGGCACUUUUUUAAAAUGCAUCACAUAAACAUAGGAUUUUAGACUUUGUGGAUAUUUUAACGAAUAAAGGUUU